CAGUUACACAGUUUGUGUAAGAAGAUCUUGUCUUAUAGACCAGAAUAAACCUUAACUUUCAAAAUAAGGAAAUAUUUUAUUAGCUUAUAAAGUCAAAUUUGCCUUAAAAAAGAAAUACUAUUCAUGGUCUUGAGGUUUUUAUAAUUAUUUAUUCACAACGAAAAUGCAAUAUGUAUCUUGCUUCACACACACACACACACACACACCUUUCCCCCGCCGAAUAAUUUUUUUUUCUAGCCUUGUAAUAGGACCAAUUAUUUAUACCUCUUCUAAAAUUAUAUCAUCAUGUCAUUAUUCUAUAGAUUUUCUCGACAUGUGAUAAAGCCUCAUAAACAAACUCGGUCCAUAUGGGUUCGUUUGACAGCAACAGGGGCUAAUGUUCAUGAUUGUGCUGACAUAUCAUUGGCAACCCUUGAAAAAAAGAGUCCUAAUGUGUGUGUAGUCCUUGCUUCCAAGUCAUUUACUUUAAAGAAUUACAAAGAUCUAAUAUGUGAGCUGAAUAUUAAAUUAAACAAGCCUUCUGUAAUGAUGGGUGGUGUCAUUGACCGAGUUCCUCAUGUUGAUCACGGUAUCUCUCUGUUAUUAGGCUUUGAUGAACAUGUUGUGCCAUUUACCAUUACAGAUGAUCAGCAUCGUCUCAAGAUCAGGAAUACAGCAGUGGGUCGUUGGGGUCGUCAAGAUGAUGUCAUUCGUCUUAAAUACCAAAAUGAUCAUCUCGAUAAUGUGAAUUGGGAGAAUUUCGGAUCUAUCAACACUCCAGUUCAACCCUUUCAGCUACCAUCCAGUUUAGAAAACAGUCUGAAGACAGUACCUUCCUUUUUAUUUACUCUCUCUGAUAAUGAGCCGGAACAACUUUUACAGACAUUUGAUCAUCAUUAUGCCAAUGUGCCCAAGGUAGGCCUUAUAGGCGCUUCAACACCAUUUGUUACAGGUGAACCCUAUUGUUUAUUUAGAGGUGAGGAGAUAAUGGGAUCAGGUAUAGUUGGAUUUGCUUCAUAUGGUGCACAGCAGUUACAAGAUAUGAAGGUAUGUCAUACAGCUAUGGAAAAAUUAGGCAAACCCAUGAAGAUCACUCGCUGUCAGGGUAAUGUUAUAUUGGAUGUGGAAGCAGGUGGUGCAACUGGACUGCUAUUACAGCUUAUUCAACACUGUGGUCCAUUGUCUAAAGACGAAGAAUUUUAUGCAGGUAUUUAUCCGCUUGAAGAAAAUGAAUUAGAUGAGAGUAUGCGAGUCAGUCGCAUUACAAGUGGUGAUCCUAGUAGGGGAAAUAUGUCUAUAGAUACUACUGCAGACCUUCAAGUAGGUCAGACUAUUCAGUUUUUAAGAAAAAAGACAGUAGAGACUAUUAAAAAUGUUUCUAGUGACACUAUGAUAAAGGACAAUAUUAUAUUUGGUGUGAGUGAGAAAGAUGAUACAAUAGAUAUGAUGCCUAUUAAGAUACCUAAUCAAGCAAACGUCAUAAAAGAUUGUUUUGGUGGUGUAAGUGAAAAUGGUGUUAUUCUAGGUCGUAGUCAUAUGUCAAGUGAAUUAUUGGAUGUCCCCUUCUCAAAGGUUAUGUUUAAAUUAUAAGAUUAAAAAUGUAUUGUAUAAUAAAGCAAUGUUUGAUUUUGUAUUAUAUA